UGACGGCAGCAACCAGGGACUCAAAAAGGGGGAGGGACAAAGACAUGAAAACAGCCUGCAAACAAAUUGGGAGCUGCUGAACUCAGACACACCUGCUGUGCAGUGAAAGGGUGCAGGAGGAAAGACAAUAAACAGAAACUGUCAGAGCUCUUCGUUCCCGCGGCAAAGAACAUUGCUAACACAGUAACAAAACCGCUGCACAGCUACGGAGGUGUGUGGAAAUGUGGGUCUAUAUUGAGAAGGAUUGACAUGGAAAGAGAAAACUAACAAAGAACUUCAACAAGGGCCUACGAAGCACCCCAGAAUCAAAGAACCAGCUGGACUCCUUAAAGGUCUGUGUGGAUUUCUCAGCAGCUUCAAAGAUCUUUACCUUUCCACCAUGUCUUCGAUGGGAAUCCAAUUGUUGGCCAGCGCCCUGUGCCUCCUUGGCUGGGCUGGGGUCAUCUUCAGCUGUGUACUCCCUAUGUGGAGGGUGUCCGCUUUUGUUGGUACCAACAUUGUGACUUCGCAACUAAUUUGGGAGGGUAUCUGGAUGUCCUGUGUGGUUGAAAGCACAGGACAUAUGCAGUGUAAAGUGUACGACUCCAUGCUGGCUCUCACCUAUGACCUGCAGGCUGCCAGGGCUCUCAUGGUCAUUGCCAUUGCUACGGGAGGCGCAGGUCUCAUUCUUGCCUUUGUUGGAGGAAAGUGCACUCGGUUCCUGGAUGAAGAAAGUCGUGGGACCAAGAGCAAGUUGGCUAUAGCAGCAGGAGCAGUGUUGAUUUCUACAGGGGUGCUCUGUCUGAUAGCCUCAACAUGGGCAGCUGGAACAGUGGUGAGGGAUUUCUACAGCACCUCCGUGGAUUCUCAACGAAGGGAACUCGGAGCUUGUCUUUACAUCGGCUGGGGGGCGGCCAUCUUGCUUGUUUUGGGGGGCAUUUUUUUCAUCCAUUCAGCGUGCCCAAUCAAAGAACAUGACACGAACAAGAGCCCCUCUGUUCGUUACGUGGUGGUCCGUUCCUCCAAAAGUUCGAUCCAUGCUGGUUCUCAUCGAAGCAGGGCGCCCACUGCCAUGGCUCAGCCCAUUCGACUCCUGUCCUCCAAACCCCAAAGCACACAGUCUCAGCCAUAUUCAAGGACUCCAUGGGACAACGGACUGGAGCAGAUAUCAAGAGGGGGCUCAGAAAGAUCAUGGAUGAGAAGGCCAGACUCUUCCACAUCUGAAUGCAGCAAAGCACUAUCAACCAAGUCUCAGCUUAAAAGACUGGAGUCAGCCAUGUCUGAACGCAGCGAUGCUCCGUCGUCAAAGUCUCAGCUGCUAAAAGCUGAGAUGGAAGAGACUUUAGCAGCCAUCAGUGAAAAAGACGAGACUUUGUCAGACCCACCAAAAACAUACCUGUAACAUCAGCACAAACAGAAGCUUUCAUACUAAUCCAAGUUUGUUGUAAAUAACGGUUUUUUAGAAGUAGAUGUUUAAACCUCUCUGGCUCAAAAUAAGUUUUGAUAAAAGGACGAACAACUAAGUCCUUCAGGGGCACUUCUGAGCUAAAAAAUGCUCAUGAAAUACGUAUGUGGAGUAACCAGGUUGGUAGGUUUUAACGUUGCAAAUCUGCAACGCCUGCUUAGAGGGUUAACCAUUCUGUAAUAUCUCACUGCUAAUCACAUCUGCUAAGGUUUUGUUUAAGCUUCACUUUAUUCUUUCAUGUUUUAUUUUCAAGAACAUUUAAAUUAAAUAAUAAAAAAGCAACAUUAAUUAUUAAAAAAGGCAUCUAAACAGACUAAAAAGGAACAUGUUAGGGAUUGUUAUUUUUUAUUGCUCUUAAUGUGAACUAUUCCACUGGAAUCUGCUGUAAUCUUCAUGUUCAAAUGCACUGAAAAAUAUGAAGGAUUGAAUUUUGAUAAUUUUUA